UUGCGCUAGCCUAAUUCGCAUUCUGUAUGUGGAGACCACUGAGUUCAACACUUUUUUACAUGUUCCAUUUUUCAUCUCAGAUGUUUUCUUUUGUCAAAUCCUAAACGGCUAAUUAUUGUUAAAGUCACAGAUAGGCUAUACAUGGUUUUACACUGACAAACAAUUACUUCUGAGAGGAGAAUGUUCCCUUCCACAACCCUCUUUACUUCAAUAGAUUGCCCCCUUUUCCGAUGGGGACGAUGUGAGCGACCUUACUGUAUCUACAACCAUUGCGAAGACAAAUCAUCUGGCCUGAUGAGGGCAACAGAUCUCCAAGAUAUAAAAGUCAGUGCUGCCAAUGGAGCCUCCCACACCACCGAGGACAAUACUUGUCUUGAGGAGUUGGAGAGAAUCAACAAAGAAAUAGAGGCAGUGAAGAGUGAGAUGGAGAAGGAACAAAAAAGAUUGUCUCAAUAUCAGUCAUCGCAGUCGCUCGCACACACUGAGAUUGCAGGUGUUUGCUAUGAGAAAUAUUUGAGGACCACUAACAGUCCGGCUAAAGACCAAAAUGGAAACCAUUUGAGACCAACAAAGCCUUUGGCUUCCACAAAGAUUGAUCGCAAGUAUGUGGUUGAUCGUGCCAGACCCAAGACUGAUUUGGAGUAUGACCCUUGUUCCAAUUUCUCUGCAGACUUGCUAUCUGGCAGCUCAGUCGAUGGUAAACUUCGGUCAGUUGAUAAAGAGGUUGUUGAUCAUGGCCUCAAAAAUAAUAGAACACAAAAAAUAUGUCCAUCUCUGUCUUCUCGUUUGAAUGAUUCCGAUGAUGACGAGGGGACAUUGGUCAUUGACAUCCCACCUACUGACAAAUAUCAGGAAAAACGCAGACCUAAACCGAAGAACAAGACUUCAGUUAUUGAAUCUCCUGUAAGAUAUUGUGCAGCUGAUAAUGCUAGUAUUGUAAAUGACCAAACACAACUCCGGGAAAGCAGGCCACAAAAGGAAAAGUUGUUUUCUGAAGGGUCUGAUAAUCUUCAGGUGACAUGUAAUGUGGAUGUCCAAGAUAAAGAGGGAGCCUUAACAAAAUCCACCACAAUUACACACGAACAGGAAUCAUCUGAGGGGGAACUUGUCAUUGAUGUAUCACCUUUAAAAGAUGAACAAAAGCUUUCAAACCGAUGUGGAACUGUAACCAAAGAACUACUUGAUUUACACACAUUAUUCUCUAUAAGUGAAGCUGCUGCUGCGGACACUAAAGAGACCAAGGAAGGAUCUACAAAUAAACAGGAAAAGCACUUGGUGAAACAAAUCACAGAAGAACCUGCAGCAGAACUGAAUGUCUCUACAAAAUGCAAUAAUCUCAGUAUGGAUACAGAAGAGAAAGCACAGAACAUGGAGUAUGUCCUGGAUGAUAUUUCCAAAUAUCUAGACAGUCUGAGAAAUGAGAGUGAGAGCAUCAAAUCCAGUCAAGAUGCUAAGCUGCUUCCUGUUAGUUUGGUUCAUGAGAAUGCAGAAAUUUCCUUGCAGUCUGCUAAAGGUCUUGCCCUCAAUGCUGCUUUUAAAGAACCGCAAACUGACCAGAACUCAAGAUGUGGUGUAAAUACAGAAACUGCAUCCAUUACAAAUAUCUCAGAAGACCUGGGUUCUUCAUUUCAGCCGUACCUCCCCAUGGUCUCAUCUCAUUCCUUUAAUACUUUAUUCCAUAAGGAUGAAGAGCAUACAUAUGGUUCAAACUCUCAAGACCUAGCUGAAGCCACUUGGCCAACCGUUCAUAAAAGUUCAAAGGCUGAGCCAUUUGUUCAUAAAAUCCCUAAUGUUUCAGGGAUUCAAGAUAGAAUUGUUUUAUCUGAACCAUUGUGUAGUCCGCUUAAUCCAAGAGCAAUUGUGCAAUAUGAGCAAAAACUACCUGCAUUGGAUACAUCAUUUGCUCCAAGUCAAGCAACUGUUUCUUCACAGGCAUGUGCCUCUGCUGUGAUGAAAGCAACUAAUAAACAAGUCAUAGAAAUUGACACUAGUUCUGAGGAGGAGCUUAGAUACUCUGACCUAGAUCUUUCAGAAACCGACCCAAUGGAAGAGUGCUACAAAAUUUUUAUGGAAGCCAACCAAACCGAAGCUCCUGUUGUCCAAAAUGAAGCUCCUGUGGUCCAAAGUGAUGAUCCUGAAGAAUUUCUAGACACCUUAGAAACUGGGAUGAAGUCCAAUCCACCUCCUGUGUUGAAGAGAAGGGUAGCACAUGUGUCAAAAUAUGAGGCUACUAAAAGCAAAGGACAGAUCAUUGUGCCUCUUCGAGAAGCAGGUUCCCAGUUGACCAUUCCCACCAGAGCUCAGGCAUGCCAAAGGAGAGCAGCCAUACUGACUGCAGCAGUCAAAGGAUGCCAGUCCCAAGUCAUAAACAAUGCUCAGAAGAAGGUGUACACGCCUACCAUUAUUAAUUCAAGUACUACGCAAAACUCCAUUAUUCCGGUUGGUGCUACUCUGCAGCUGGGGCCAAACCUGCACCUCAUUGUGCCUGAGGGAAACUGUGCCUUACCUCUAAUGCUAAUUCAACCUCCCAUGUCCGUUCAACGUCCGCCUCAGCCUACACCUCCACCACCUACGCAACUUCCACAAACUACACAACUUCAACAAACUAUACAUUCUCAAACUUCACAACCAUCCAACUACAUACCAGCCAAGUCAAUGGGUGUCAAACGAAAAGCAAAAGUACGGCAUGAAGUUGGAGCGAAGGUUCCACAUGAUGUUCGUCAGCGUUACGUGAAUCUUUUCGUGGAGGAGUUCCUAAAAACAUCUAUGACUGUGCAAGAUGCCUUUGAGAAGGCUCUGGCAGAGGAAAAAGGCGUUUAUGACCGCAGUAUCAAUAAGCUCAAAUAUCUAAGCAUAGCUGUCAAUGCACUGAAGAAGCUUAAAAACCAAAGCAUCUUGCCUGCUAAAGCUUCCAGUGAGAGAGAUCAGCAUGUGUCUAGAGGCAAUGUACCACUAAAUACUCAAGCACUUCAAGGACCUGAUGAUUGGACGCUUUAUAAGCAAUUGAAGCAGCACGUUCUAUCUGAGGAAAUGUUGCAAGUAAACAACUACCCACGCGUACACCCGGAUAAAGCCAACUUUGCCAUCCAAUAUGGAGAUAACAAGAAAGGAAUAAGUGAUUCUUUAAAGAGGAUCUGCUGCCGAUGCGGAGCAACGUUCUCUGUCGACAGAAGUGGAAAGCACACACGCCGUGAGGAGUGCAAUUAUCAUUAUGGAAAAGUCAUAGAAAACAGAGUACCGGGGGGUGUUGAGACGCGAUACAGUUGUUGCGAGAGUGCAGUCGGCUCACCUGGAUGCCAAGUUUUUAAUCUCCAUGUUUAUGAUGCAGUAAGCCUUCAGGGCUUUGUGAGCAGUCUUCCCCAAUCCCCAGCAGGCAAAACAUGUCCAGGUGUUUUUGCUCUUGAUACAGAAACCUGCUACACAACUCAAGGACUGGAACUAGCAAGAGUGACCGUAGUCAACUCCAGAUUGCAGGUCGUCUUUGACACUUUUGUCAAGCCUGAUAAUAUUGUCAUUGAUUAUAAUACCAGGUUCUCGGGCAUCAGUAAGGAAGAUGUGGAAGGUACCAGCUCAUCAUUGCGGGAUGUUCAAGCAGUGCUUUUGAGCUUUAUUAAUGCAGACACGUUUCUGAUUGGCCAUGGCUUAGAGAAUGAUUUAGCUGCACUUAAAAUUAUCCACAGCUCUGUGAUUGACACCGCUGUGGUGUUUCCGCAUCGCCUGGGUCUGCCACAUAAAAGGGAACUAAAUAGUCUGACUGGAGACUACCUACGGAGAAUUAUCCAAGAGAGUGUGGAGGGUCAUGACUCGCGUGAGGAUGCCACAGCUUGUAUGGAGCUCAUGCUUUGGAGAGUGAAGGAAGACUCUAAAGUAAAAAGAUGGUGAUGCUCAAUAAAGUUUAUUGCUGUUUCUACUCAAAAAAUAUGACAUACAACAUUUUUGGAAUGUUUCGUUGCAUUAAAAUUAGCUGUUUUUUGCUUUAUAAAUGUUUGGGAAUGGAUACAUUUAUUGUUUUGGGUUUGAUCAUAAAGUAUUUUGUUUUCCUCCAAUUGUGUAAGUUUAAAGUUGGGAAUUUCAUUAAUUAGUGGGCUCAUAAUGUGUUGUGGAAGAAAAUGCACCUUGUGAAUUCUGGAAAGAAGUUUAAUAAAUUGCAA